AAAGCAAGGAGGAAGAGAUAAAGUCAGAAUCGUCUUUGGUAGCAUUUCCCCUCCUCCAACUCACCAAGCGACCCCUUCCGGAACCCUAAACGAUGAAACGAUCAAUCGAAGAAGUAGUCGGAUCGGCCACGUCCAAGUCCCUCGAUCACCAAAACCUCAAGAAGCCCGUCUUCCUCACCAGAGCCCAGCGCGAGGAACUCGCCCUCAAGCGCCGUCAGGACGAGAUCGCCGACCAGCACCGCCGCAUGGACCAGUUCCGCCGUGGCGCCGCCUUAGAUACGGAGAACGGUGACGACGACGGCGACCGUGACCGCGAGCGCGACCGUGACCGUGAUCGGGACCGCGACCGCGACCGCGACCGCGACCGCGACCGUGAUAGGGAGAGAGACAGAGAUCGCGAUCGGGAUCGGGAGCGUGAGCGUGAGCGAGAGCGGGAGAGGGAGCGGCGGGAGAGGGAUUUGGAGAGACGGAACCGGGAGAGGGAGCGGGAGGAGGAGGCGAAGGCUCGGGAGCGAGCGAGGGUUGAGAAGAUGGCGGAGCGAGAGCGGGAGAAGGAGCUUGACGCCAUUAAAGAACAAUACCUUGGAUCUAAGAAACCUAAAAAGAGAGUCAUUAAGCCGAGCGAGAAGUUCCGUUUCUCUUUCGACUGGGAAAACACUGAGGAUACUUCGAGGGACAUGAAUUCUCUCUACCAGAACCCUCAUGAAGCUCAGCUUCUGUUCGGGAGAGGAUUUCGUGCGGGCAUGGAUAGGCGUGAGCAGAAGAAGCUCGCGGCCAAGUGCGAGAAAGAGAUGCGUGAGGAGAUUCGUCGGAAAGAUGGUGUCGAAGAGAAGCCGGAGGAGGCUGCAGCUCAGAGGCUGCGGGGACAAGCCGCUGACGCAUACGACUCGUUCGACAUGAGAGUUGAUAGGCACUGGAGCGAGAAGAAGCUGGAGGAGAUGACUGAGAGGGAUUGGCGGAUUUUCAGGGAAGAUUUCAACAUCUCCUACAAGGGUUCUAAGAUUCCUCGUCCGAUGAGGAAAUGGACAGAGAGUAAAUUGAGCUCUGAGCUUUUGAAGGCCGUGGAGAGAGCUGGGUAUAAUAAGCCUUCUCCUAUUCAGAUGGCAGCAAUACCACUUGGACUGCAACAGCGUGAUGUUAUUGGCAUUGCAGAAACUGGUUCGGGUAAGACCGCUGCUUUUGUUCUUCCUAUGUUAGCUUACAUAUCGAGAUUGCCACCUAUGACGGAAGAGAACGAGACCGAGGGACCGUAUGCUGUGGUUAUGGCCCCUACACGUGAACUUGCACAGCAGAUUGAGGAAGAGACUGUUAAGUUUGCGCAUUACCUUGGUGUUAGAGUAACCUCUAUCGUUGGUGGGCAGUCCAUUGAGGAACAAGGGCUGAAGAUAACACAAGGAUGUGAGAUUGUGAUUGCCACACCUGGUCGUUUGAUCGAUUGCCUCGAGAGGCGCUAUGCCGUGUUGAACCAGUGCAAUUAUGUGGUUCUUGAUGAGGCUGACAGAAUGAUAGAUAUGGGUUUUGAGCCUCAGGUUGUAGGUGUAUUAGAUGCGAUGCCUUCCAGUAAUUUGAAACCCGAGAACGAAGAUGAGGAGCUUGAUGAAAAGAAGAUCUACAGAACUACAUAUAUGUUCAGUGCUACUAUGCCUCCUGCUGUAGAACGGCUCGCGAGAAAGUACCUGAGGAACCCGGUUGUGGUCACCAUUGGUACAGCUGGAAAGACUACCGACCUGAUUUCGCAACACGUGUUUAUGAUGAAGGAGUCUGAGAAGUUUUCCAGAUUGCAACGACUGCUUGACGAGCUCGGUGACAAGACAGCCAUUGUGUUUGUUAAUACCAAGAAGAAUGCUGAUACUAUUGCCAAGAAUCUAGACAAGGCAGGAUACCGCGUCACUACCCUGCACGGUGGGAAGUCUCAGGAGCAGAGAGAGAUAAGUUUGGAGGGUUUCAGGACAAAGAGAUACAAUGUUCUUGUUGCAACGGAUGUUGUAGGUCGUGGAAUUGAUAUACCCGAUGUGGCCCAUGUCAUCAACUAUGACAUGCCUAAUAAUAUAGAGAUGUACACGCACCGCAUUGGACGUACGGGACGUGCUGGGAAGAGUGGUGUCGCCACAACAUUCCUGACUCUACAUGAUACUGAUGUCUUUUAUGAUCUGAAGCAGAUGCUUGUUCAGAGUAAUAGCCCCGUGCCUCCUGAACUUGCAAAGCACGAAGCCUCCAAAUUCAAGCCGGGGACAGUCCCUGAUAGACCCCCGAGGCGUAGUGACACCGUUUUUGUAAAUUAAGCUGUCAGAGAGUUAGUCCAUUCGGAUUAUGGGAUCAUUUCUGAUCUGAGGUCAAGGUUCUUCUUCUCAUCUCUUUUAGCUACACUCUUAAAUUCUGGAUUCCAGAUGAAAUUGUGGUUCGGUAUAUGGCCUUUUUCCUGGUUCAUCGCUGCUUAUGGGAGCACGAUCUUUUUGAACA